CAUGCAAAGGAUUAAGUGGGGGAUACUCUGGUGGCUGGUGUCGUGUGUGUCUCAUGAUAUGGUCUCUGGAAGCUGUCCAUCACAACAGGGUAUCUGUGGAAACUGUAGUUCUUUUUGUCCACAAAAUAAUACAUAUCAAAAUACUAGCAUGACUUACUGCUGUUUGAAGAGUGCAUGCAGCUCUUUAAAUGCCCCUGGGGACACCAUCAAAGCCUUAAAGAACAUUGAAACAAUUCUUGAGAACACAGAAAUUAAUGGAAGCAUGGAGAUGCCUUUCUGCAAUUUAGUCAUCUUCGUCUACAAGCCCAACUGCAGCAAACACAUUGAAAUGUAUGCGAAUGACAUCAAGGCAGACAUGGCUUCUAUCCCCAACCCCACAGUGAAAGUUCAACUACCGGAGGAACUGGGUGCUGGACCAAACAACAACAUUGUGUUUUCCGUGUUUACAUUUCCUGAAACUAACGGGAAUGUGUCUGAAGUGGCACGUAAACUCUAUAAUCGAAAACUAGUUGGCCUGAUUGUACAAAAGAAGAAGAUAUCAGGACUACGUGAACGUGUCAACAUAACCAUGCCGGUUACCGAAUAUAUAUAUGAAAACCAGAAUCUCUCCUGUCGGUUCUUAAAUUUGUCAACAGGAAAUUAUAUUGAGGAUGGCUGUGAAACACUUUGGACACGUAACCAGAGUAAUGUCACCUGUUCCUGUGACCACCUCACGUACUUUGGUGUACUCCUCACAGUUUCUAUAAAUGUCUCACAAAAAGACGCUAUAAUAUUGAAAUAUAUUUCCAUAAUUGGUUGUAGUGUCUCUCUUUUCGCCCUUGCCAUCACGGUUUUGCUCUUCAUCUCAAAUAGAACACUCAGACUAGAUGUUUCUAUGAAGGUCCACAUCAAUCUUGCAAUUUCUCUCAUCAUCCUCAACCUGCACUUCCUGCUAAGUUCCACAGUGGCUGCAGUGUCCUCCACUGGGGUCUGUUUAUACAUGGCUCUUGUCCUUCACUAUUCCCUGCUGGCCACUUUCAGCUGGAUGGCCUUGGAAGGAUUCCACCUCUACCUUCUCUUAGUCAAAGUCUUCAACAUCUACAUCAAGAGAUAUCUGCUCAAACUCAGUGUGGUGGGAUGGGGAGUUCCUGCGAUCAUUGUGUCAGUGGUGGUGAUCAUAGACAGAAGUUUUUAUGGUCCUGUUGCUGUGGACAACUCCACCAGCUCUGUAAUAUGUUAUAUAACUAAUGAGACGGUGAAGGUGGUGACUACAAUUGUGCUGUUCGGCUUGGUGUUCCUCUUUAACGUGAUCCUAUUUGUGAUAACACUCUGGCAUAUUUUGAUGCUCCGCCGUGUCAAAGAGUUUGGACAGCACAACCGUGACAGAGCCAAGAAAGACAUUUGUACCCUGCUGGGAGUCAUCACUCUGCUCGGCAUUACCUGGGGCCUGAUCUUCUUCUCUUUUGGCUAUCUGACCACUCCUGGCCUCUACCUCUUCUGCAUCCUGAACUCAUUGCAAGGAUUCUUCAUAUUCCUGUGGUUUGCGAUGUCACUGAGAAAGACUAAAGAUCCCCGUGCUAUGGCAACCAGUGAAACGGCUACCACAAGCAAAUAGUUUGAACACAACUACCAACUCAUCAAGAUGCUCCCAUGUUUGUGUAGUUUAUAUGUAAUAUUGUAAGAUGUUCCUACUAACAUAUGUUUUCAUUAUUAAUAAUAUGUCAUGAAAAGAAGUGCAGCAAAUCUAAAUGCAGACUCCAGAAGCAGACUUAAUGAAACAAAAAACAAGCCUUAUGUGGCUGAUUUAAAGCUAAAAGAGUGAAUCCCAACAAAUAAAAUAAUUUAUAUAACUGAUGCUGAUCAUGUAAAUGUUAAUCAUAUGACGUACCCCCGAAUGCCAUAACCUUCUGAUAUGUUUUGAACUUGUAACAACAGCCUGUUAAACACUCAGGUCAACAAUGAACAUCAUGCUGUUGUAAGAAAGUUGUAAAGUUGUUGCCUUGCACGAAGAAUAUAAGCUUAUAUAAGUUAUAUUAAUCAAGGUUCUGUAUAAUGCGAUUUACAUUAGUAAUACUGUUUAUAGGCUACAUGUGUAUAUAUAUCCGUCAGUGUAGGGUUUCUUUUCUCAGCUGUUAGAAGAUUCAGGUAUUUAUUUUACACUAACUGAUUCCAUAUGUUCCUUAGUAAUGAAGUGAUGAUUUUUACUGGUCGUUCUCAUUCAUACGACUUGCACAAAUUACAUCAAUAAUAGCAUUCUGAAGUAAACCACUAUGCACAUUUUGCAGUCCAUCUUAAACUGUAGUGUGAACAUAUCAGACACCCUCUGCAACGUUGUGAAGGAGUCUAGAAUAAGUGUGAGCAGAUUUCCUCUGCAGUGCGCCUCCUAUUUGUUAAGUCAUUAUCAAUUUUCUUAUCCUCAUUAUUAUUAUUAUAAACCUUUCCUUGAUCUAAUGACAUUUUCCUUUAAGGUAAAGGAAAAUACACUUUCUGCAUUGCUGAUGUGAUUUGGCUUAGGAAAGUACCUCACCUGGUACUGGUUUAGUCCUUUGUAGUUAUAUUGUGUACAUCUGAACAUGCAUUGUUAAUUCACUAAAUGCUGUGAUA